GCGUCUCAAAUUACCGAUUGCGCCUACAGGUUUCCUCUUCGUUGCCAUGGCAACGAUUCGUCUCCUGUGACUGCCGCUUUUAUCGUCUGAGCGCGCUAUCUUGAUUACAACACAGGCUAAGUGGACAUUCGUAGUUAGCGCCUAUUGUUAAAGUGUAACCGAAAACGGGGUCAGUUCAGUUUAUUUUCCUCCUGUAUAAAGAUUGCCAGAGCGGUGCUCUGUGCGGCGAUUUUUGCCGGCAUGUGAAUGGUUUCCUCACUUCUUUGCCUUGUGGUUUAGCGAACCGGUGGACCCGGGCAUGUAAACACUUCCGGCAGGUCACGUCAGCAGGCGUCUCUCUCAGUGGGCAUCUCUUCCGAAAAGGCGGCACAAACAGUACGAUACACGCACGGGACGUACGGGUCCCCCUCCCCACCCUGCCGGCACACCUCACCACCAAUGGCGACCUUGCUCGCGGUAAUUAUGCUGUUCAUCGCGGCGGUGCGGGCCCAGCGGCCGUGCCCCGACCCCGGCAGCCAGUUCCAGUGCGGGGACGGGCUGUGCAUCGACCGGCGGUGGGUGUGCGACCGGCGGCCCGACUGCAAGGACUACGCCGACGAGACGGGCUGUCCCGAUGCCCCGGAUGUUCUGCCCGAUGGAAGUAGGCUGCUUUACAUGGUUUAUAUUUAUGGGCUCCCGCCGCCUUCUUCAGCGCUCAAUGCCCAGGCCCAGCCGGUGGCGUGCGGGGCGUCCCAGUUCACGUGCCGCUCGGGACAGUGCGUCUCCGCCGCCGGGGUGUGCAACGGGCGGCCCGACUGCGCAGACAGGUCCGACGAGGUCGGAUGCGGUAGAUCCACCUGUAACGGUCACUCCAACAUCCGCGACCCGGCCACAGGAUACUGCCUGAACUGUCAGCACAACACGCAGGGGACUCAGUGCGAAUUCUGCUCCCCCGGUUACUAUGGAGACGCUCGAAGGGGCACGCCCAACGACUGCCGGCCGCUGCCUGGUCAGACGGGCGCUGUGAUCACCCGGCGGGUGUCCAGGCCGUGUAACUGUCACAGGCACGCCUACAUGUGCGACGCGCAGGGGAACUGCAUGAAAUGUGAACACAACACGUACGGCAGUCAGUGUCAGUACUGCUCACCCGGUUUCUAUGGCGACGCACGGAGGGGCACGCCCAGCGACUGCCAGCCGAUAUCCGACCAAUCAGGCGCCCGCGUCAGUCACCAACAACAGGUUACCAGGCGAUGUAACUGUCACGGGCACGCGUAUCAGUGUGAUUACAUUGGCAGGUGCUUGAAUUGCCAACACAACACACGAGGGAACAACUGCGAGCACUGUGAGGAGGGGUACGCGGGGAACGCGCAGGGCGGGACUCCCUACGACUGUCAGCCCGUACAGAAGAUACAGUGUUACUGCUACAGGCACGCCUCCAGCUGCGAUGCAAACGGAAGAUGCGUGAACUGUCAGCACAACACGUACGGAGAACACUGUGAGAACUGUUUACCUGGUUACCAAGGCGACCCGAAAAAGGGCACGCCGUACGACUGCGAGGUGGCCCGAGCGUCGGACCAGCAGCAGUCGCCGUCCUACAGCUGUAACUGCCACGGCCACGCGCGGGCCUGCGACUCCUACGGAAGGUGCUUGGACUGCCAGCACAACACGAUGGGUUACCGCUGUGAGACGUGUAAGCCCGGCUACACCGGUGACGCCACCCGCGGGUCGGCCCUGGACUGCCAGGCACAGAGCCCGCCCUGUAACUGUUACAGACACGCCUACAACUGCGACCAGUACGGCACAUGUGUGAACUGUCUCCACAACACAGACGGCAAAAACUGCGAGCGGUGCAAAGUUGGUUACCAAGGCGACGCGAAGAGGGGCACGCCCCAGGACUGCCAGCGGGUCUCCCCUCCGGCCCCGCCCCCCGCCAGGACCUACCAGUGCUACUGCUACGGACACUCCAACCAAUGUGACCAGUACGGCCGCUGCCUGAAUUGUCGCCACAACACGUACGGGUCUCGCUGUGAGAACUGUCUGCCCGGGUACCAAGGGGACGCGAAGACCGGCCUGCCCAGCUCCUGUACGGCCGUGUCGCGCCCCGCACCACCUCCCGCCCGGGCCCCGGCACCUGCUCCCCCGCCUGCACAGCAGCAGCCUUCCCGUAGGCAGUGCUACUGCUACGGCCACUCCAACCAGUGCGACUCUAACGGACGCUGCAUUAACUGUAUGCACAACACGGAGGGCCCGAACUGUGAGCAGUGUCGGGAGGGGUACGCGGGAGAGGCGCGAAGAGGCACGCCAUACGACUGCCUGCUGGUGGAGGACUGCAAGUGUUACGGGCACUCCGAUGAGUGCGACGCCUCGGGAAGGUGUCUGCGCUGCAAACACAACACGAUGGGUGACCACUGCGAGAAGUGCCUGCCGGGCUACACGGGAGACCCCCGCUACAGCACCCCGGGGGACUGCAGCGCCAUCGUGCCCUGUACCUGCAACGGCCACUCCGACGCCUGCGACGCAGAAGGGAUAUGCCUGAACUGCAAGCACAACACGCAGGGUGACCAGUGCGAGGUGUGUGCGGACGGAUACAGAGGUGACGCCACCAGGGGAACGCCUAACGACUGUCACUGGGCCUUCGAGCCGUGCGACUGUUACGGACACUCCACUGAAUGUGACUCCAGGGGACGGUGCCAGAACUGUGAUCACAACACGUACGGCGACAAGUGCCAGUACUGCAAGCCCGGGUACGUCGGUGACGGCCGGCUGGGCACGCCUGACGACUGUCAGCGGGUGACGUCACCCAUCGACCGGGUGCCCUGCUUCUGCAACCGCCACUCCGACGUCUGCGACAACUUCGGACGCUGCCUCUACUGCCAGCACAACACAGAGGGCGACCAGUGUGAGCGGUGCGCGAUGGGGUACUUCGGGGACGCUGAGGAAGGUACGGCGGCGGACUGUAAGAUGCUGGUGCCCUGCAUGUGCCAUCAGCACGCGAACGACUGCGACGAGAUGGGCAGAUGCAUAGGCUGUCUCCACAACACAGAAGGCGACAAGUGCGAGCGGUGUAAGGACGGGUUCAUGGGGGACGCCACGGAGGGCACGCCUGACGACUGUCGCCCCUCAAUCCCCUGCAAAUGUAACGGGCACGCCAAUGACUGCGACGCCAACGGGAAAUGUAUGAACUGCCUGCACAACACCCGAGGCGAGUUCUGUGAGCUGUGUCAGAUCGGGUUCUACGGCGACCCGUCCAGCGGAGAUGUGGACGCCUGUAAAGAAUGUCCCUGUCCGCUCACGACCAGGGAAAACAGGUUUGCCGAAACCUGUUUCCUUGACAGCGACAACAAGCCUACAUGUAGAAAUUGUAGAAGAGGACAUCAAGGCAGAGACUGCGGAAAAUGUAAGCCCGGCUACAUGGGGAACCCGUUCGUUAUGAACGGCGGCUGUGUACGGAGACCGUCAGGUAGGGGUAGACGCAGACAUAUACGGGGUUAGGUCGCAACCGAGAAGAAUACCAGUCCGGAUCAUCCCGUGACCUAUGACCUAUUUUCCCAUAUUAUGAUAUGAUAUGAUAUAAUAUGACAUGAUAGUUAGGCGGACCCUAUGUUUGUCCUGACGCCAUACAAAUCAAACCUCCCCAAGUGCAAGGUGCAGUUUGGAUAUUACCUGUGUCAGAGACCACGUGUUUGAUGCUGGACAUCUUCAACAGAUUGGAGUAACGUUAGACGUCAUGUUUCCCACAAUGCAUUUCUGUACCACUGGCUGUUCGAUACAGAGAUCCAAUAUGGCCGCAAAUG